GGGCUCAUAUAGUCACGUAGUUCUACAAGAUAGAAGCGCACAGUUGGCUUUGAGGCUUCAGAACGUUCAAACUGGUUCUUAGCUGUAAAAUAAAUUUAAAAAGUUUUGCGAUCAAUUAAAAGAAAAUUUAAAUUAAAAAAAAAAAAUUAAAAGUGAUGGAUUAUUUAUGCUUUAAGCUGUUGCUCCUCAGUGGAAUAUGCCUAACUUUGGUACAACUGCAAUUUGCGGGAUUCCCCGAGCAGUUUGAGGACAAUGAUCUGUUCGAGCACGAGGAGGAUGACUUGGAUUUAACACAUGUUAACUGGAAAAUGAUGAUUCCAUUUUUGCUGCAGCGACAACAGCUUCGUUUGUGUUUGUCCAUUUAUCAACACGAUCAUACGUUGUUGGAGCAAACGCCAUGUGAAAAGCUGAUGAACAGUGGAAUCAUGGCAUACUGUGAUAUUGGGCAUGUAGAGGAUCUGAGCAUGACCAUGCGAGAUGCAUUUGGUAGCAUGCUGUUUGAUACGUUGCAGAAAUGCCGUCCUGGCUCGGAAAUCUUUGGAGUGCGUUGCAGACGACGUGCCUGAGAGAUUAAGGACUGAAAUGGAGCUUGAGUGAAUUGCUAAUUCAGUAUUCUUAGUCUUCAUCAUCAACACUGGAUGUCGUUGUUGCUGCUGUUGCUGCUGCUGCCGUCUCUGUUUGUGUCCCUUGUCAUUUCAAUGUGUCAAUAAAAAUGCGAUGUGGGUGAAGGCCUCGCCUGGCCAGGCCGGAGUAUGAGCAUGAGGAGGCAGGCAGGCGCAGGCAGGCACACCAGAGUCCUUGCUUAGAGGCAUCAUGA